UCUGACGUAACAAUCGUACAGGAGAUCCAGACGACAUGCACGGAGGUGUGCGAGAGCUGCGAGAAAAAGGUCUACCCCUUGGAGAAGGUCGAGACAAAUAACAAAAUCUUCCAUAAGCAAUGCUUCCGGUGUCUGCAGUGCAAUUGCAUUUUAAGGAUGGACUCCUUCACUCUGAAUAACGGCAAGCUGUACUGUAUCCCGCACUUCAAGCAACUUUUUAUUACACGGGGAAACUAUGACGAGGGCUUCGGUGUCGACCCGCACAAGAAUAAAUGGGCGACAACGAACUCCAGCAAUUCCGCGAGCCCAUCGCCAAUCGCGGUCUCGAAUGGCGAUCUCUGAUUUUCCAAGUCUUCCACCUCAAUUCUUCCCUGGCUAUAAAUUGCUAUUUUAGUCGAAUUUUAGGUGGAUCUAGAUAAAGAUUUGAAGAGGGAAUAAUCCCUUUCGGAAAUACAUUUUAGGAUGUAUCACGGAAAAGAUAUAAUAUCUUUUACAAUUUUGCCCUCGUGAAUGAUAAAUUAGAUCCACCUAUGGUCAAAACGCGAUGAUGAUUAUGAUAAAUUGUACAUUUUAUUACGUUAUUAUCGCGUACAUAUAAGAACGCAUAAUUGUAUAUUUAACGGUAAUUGGAAUGAAUCGCGAUGAUCAGAGACUCGCUCCGAGAAAACGGUCUCUGCAUGCGAAAAUCUUUUCGAAGUGUAAAUCUUGCCAAAUGUUGAACAAAUGAAUCGAAAAGAAUGCACACGUAUUUUCUUUACUGUUCGUAAAUCGAAAACGUAAAUAUGAUUUAAAUUAUAAUGGAAAAUGCGAGGAAAUAAUGAAAAAUGCG